AUGCCGAAAAACUUCUAUGCCCGGCCCCCGGCCCCACAAUCAGCGCCGUACACGACCCACGCCGGCCCGCCGGGCAAGGCCGACAUCCUCAGCCGCCAGCUCGCCGCGCUGCCCCUCAUCGCGCUGCUCUACACCGCCGCCGUGCCCUUCACGCCGGUCACGUGGGUUCUCGGCAUCGACGGGAGCUCCCUCUUCGACCGCCUCUUCGCCGGCAUAGUCAUGCUCUCGGCGUGCUACUUCCAAUGGCGAAUCGCCGGCCUGACGUCGCCCCUCGCAGUCUUCCUACCCGGGGUCGCCGACACCAGGAUCAGAAACGGGCGGAUCGAGCAGGCGGGUUCGGGCGCGGGGUUCGUCUGGCACCCGGGGAACUACUGGCCGUGCGUCAUCUGCGAGGCGAUGCUCCUCUGCGUCGCCGAGUUCGGGGGCAACGAGCUGCUGAGGAGAUGCAUCGUUUGCGGCAUCGUUGCUGGGUUGUGGAUCGUCGGGUACCACGCGACGCCCGAGUCGACGAGGCGGUGGGCCUAUGAGAGGAUCAAGUCCUGGCUGUUCUGGAUGGUGCUAGAUGAGAUGAUGCGCGUCGGGGGGAGGAGCUACGGCGCACGACGGCGGAGAUGA